CGCCUAACGGUCGCCCAACGGUCGCGCGCUCGGGGCCGCCAUGGCGUACUCGGCCUUCGGGAAGGUGGCGGCCGUGUCGUGCCUGGUGCUCUGCGUCUCCCUGCUGCUGCCGCGCGCCUUCCUGCCGCGGGGCGGCGGGAGGCCGGAGCCGGGCGCCGCGCCGUCCGCCGCGCCCGCGCCGCCCGACGGGAAACUUGCUCGCUUUCCACCAAGGAUGCAUUACCAAGUGACGCCCGACAGCCGAGCUGCCUCUCCUUUUCCAAGGUCCCACCUUGCUGAAGCAGUUGCCAAAGCCAAGGCAGGUGGAGGAGGAAGCAGUGGCGGAACUGGGAGAGGUCUUGUGGGGCAGAUUAUCCCUAUUUAUGGAUUUGGAAUCUUCUUAUAUAUCCUAUACAUUUUAUUUAAGCUGUCUUCCAAAGGAAAAACUGCAGCUGGGGAGCGGAAAUGUCCUCCUGCUGUACCUGGAAACAUGAAGAGGAAAAUCACUGACUAUGAGCUUGCCCAACUCCAAGAAAAACUGAGAGAGACUGAAGAAGCUAUGGAAAAACUGAUCAACAGAGUAGGACCUAAUUGUGACAGCAGAACUCAAAAUGUAACAACAGACCAAGAGAAAAGGUUGCUUCAGCAACUCCGAGAAAUUACCAGGGUUAUGAAAGAGGGAAAAUUCAUAGAUGGCAUCUCUCCUGAGAAGGAAGCUGAAGAAGCUCCCUACAUGGAGGACUGGGAAGGUUAUCCAGAAGAGACCUAUCCUGUCUAUGAUAAUUCUGAUUGCCUCAAGCGCAAACGGGACACGAUCCUUGUAGAUUAUCCUGACCCAAACGAGCCCUCUGCAGAGGAGCUGGCAGAAAGAAUGGAGGCCUUUGACGCUGAGGCUUACCUGUGCAAGGAGAGCCUGCUCUCGAAUCUCGCUGUGGGGAGCAGCGGCCGCAAUGUAGGGCAGAAGAUGAAUGAGGUAACCAGCAUCACUGACCAGGGCAGGGACCUUUGUGGCAGCCUGGACUUUGAGGAGAGCUGUUACCACUGCGAGGAGGACAGCGAUCCUGCUGUCUUGGCAGAGAAUGCCGGGUUCCUCUCGGAGAGCUGCAGUGAAGCAGAAGAGCCAGCCAGGGAGGACCUGUCCGGGGAGUCUGAUGAUGAAAACAUGGCACCGAGGGAGCAAAAAGUCAGUGAUUCAGAUGAAACAGGCACCCUGAGGAAGCGCAACACAAAAGCACUUGAGUAACAGAGAUGUGUGGACCUGCUCCUCAAUGGUGACUGUAGAGGUCCUAAGCUGUCUUUCAUGUAGGUUUUUGUUCAGAAGUUCCUGUUUACUUUCAUCUUGUACUAAUUCCAUUCCGACAGUGGUGAUCAUAUCAUCUGCUUCCUGAAGGAGAAGCCGGUGCCCUCCAUGAUGCAGUCUUUUCGUGGUUCAUGCUGCCUUGCCAGGAGCGCUUGGCCUUGCUUUUCAGAGGCUGGUGUGGGGGAGUGGGUUAUGCUCUUCAGCUAGCUGCUGAUUCCUUUGUCGUUCCUGAACAAUCACUUAUUUCAUUUGCUGUUGUCAUCCAAGAGCUAACUGAAUCUCUUUUCUGAUAACUGUCUGUGUGUUCCCUUAUGAAAAUGUAUCACUAUAUAUUUAGGAGGUUUUUAGGAGGAAAUACGCUUGCUUUCCAUUACUUGGAUGUUAAAUGAUGAGCCGACAGAAUGGACCAUGGUCACAGGAGUGCUACUCAGUUGUUACUGCUUCUGUAAACCAGAAAUGGUUGUCACUGCAAUCCACAUACUACCAGAGCUUCCCAACAUAGCUACGUGCUACAGGAGCUGAAGUUUAAUUUAAUUGACUUUGUAUCCUACAAAUGAGAGAGCAUGAAGUGUUAGGAGUUGUGCAUUGUCUCUGCUGCGGCCUUUAGACUGCCUGGCAAGAUGUCAAGAUGAGUGCAGGAUCAGACUGUGAUCUGUGUUAUGGAAGGCUACUGAAAACACCCCUGGGACUUGGAGAGCGCCAGCAGUGUAUUGAACAGCCUAUUUGAAUGCAGGUCAUAUGGCCUGUUUAACAAAUUACAUGUAGCCACAGGGUAGCAGCUUUAUUCUUAGGGUCACUCCACCACAGCCUGGGUGUGUUUGGAAGGACAGUGUCUUGGCUUACGAACUCACAGGCUGAGAUCAAUGCCUGCUGCCUUUGCGGUGUCUAUAGAGAAUCCUACUAUAAAAACCAGGCCCCACUAAAGGAAUAGGGAAAAUAACAGAGAAAGUGUACUGAAUAUUUAGCCUGUUCUAUAGGAACAUAUUUAUUUUUAAAUCAUUUGAUAAACCAGCUUUUAACUGACACAAGUCACUGGAAUGAAAGCUGUUUGUUUCAUACUACUUUGCCUGCUAAUACUGUCAUAUCCCCGCAAAUGAAGACUUUCAUCACAAGCUUCUCUAUCGACAUCCCUGCUCAGGCAGACAUUGUCCUCAUUGGAAAAUGACAUAUUGCUACCUUGCUACCAGAAGAGAGCUGUUGAAGGCCUGCCUUUACUCUGCUGCAAAUAAAUAACCAUGUUCUCUUCCCCUCUGAAAACAGGCUCACUGGUUAAAUACUCCUAAAAGCUAUAUGUGAGGAGAGACUGAG